GCAGCCGGAGGAGGAUGAGACACGGCGGCGAGCACACAAAGCGUCCGCCACACGCUCCGACGCUUUUCUUUAUGGACGUAAAAACGAGCCACCCCUCCAAAACCGACGCCACCGUGAAAGCCACUCUUUCUGGAUAGAGGAUAUUUUACGCGACGUUGUGAACCGUUUAUUUAAUUCCAACGUUUCACGAGUUAACUUCAGUCAAGUCCCCGGACUUUCAGUUGGGAGGAGGAGGAGGAACGGAGCCAACCGCCGUCCGACUUCCGGGCCGUCGGGCAGGGUGCUGUCCUGUGGGAUGGAUGACACCCAAGAGCAGGACCACUACGAGGAGCGCCUGAAAGAAGUUUUUAACAGUUUCGAUGCCAGCGGCGCCGGCUCUCUGAGCCCGGAGGAACUCUCUGACCUCUGCCUGUCGCUGCAACUGGAUGACGCCACGCCAGCUCUUCUCCACACACUGCUGCAGAGCCAGGACCGCCUCACUGCCAGGGUUGACUUUGACCAGUUCAAGAAUGCAUUGAUUCUGGUGUUGUCGUCAACUCUUGAGCCACAACAAGAAGAACAGGAGACCUUGUCCAAAGCAGAAUCUCCUGAGAUCCAACCGAAGUUCGUGAAGGGCAGUAAACGUUAUGGCCGCCGGUCCACGCCGGACUUCCCGGAGCCCAUUUUAGACUCUGAAGUAACGCAUGCAAACGCGGUGGAGGAGGAAGAUCUGGAGGACAACUAUGACUCGGCCGUUCCCCGGAAGCGUGAGCGCUGGAACGUUCACGAAACGAGCGCAGAGGAGUACGAGGCAGAAGGCCAGAUGCAUCUCUGGAACCCCGAUGAGCCGAGCACACCUCGGGCAGCCGUCUGCCCUCUGUCGCCCUGCCUGGAGGAGAGACUGCAGGACGCCUGUGACGAGCUGGAGAUACCCGGGGACGGGUGUGCCGGUCACUCCGAGCUGCUCGCGCUCUGUGACCAUCUGGGCCUUGAGAUAAAUUUUGAUGUGCUCCAGAGUCUAACCGGCGAAGGAGUGCUGAAUGUUCGGGAGUUUGUCUCCAGGGUUGUGAACCACCACAAACCCCCCACCCCCUCCUCCGCCUCCACGCCCUACAGACAGCUUAAACGACACCACUCCACUCAGCCCUUUGAUGAGGGAGGUCGGAGGAUAGCCCCUCCUUGUGCUCUGACCAGCACCAUCGGCAUGCGUCUCUUCUCCGCCCUCGAUGACGGUACCGGUUUCACUCCAGUGGAAUACCUUCUGGAUGCCUGGGUGGAGGAGGGAGUAGAAAACAGCACUGAGAUCCUGCAGGCUUUGAAUUUCAGCCUCGAUGGAAAACUGAGCCUGAGUGAUCUCACCGUGGCCCUUGAGAAUGAGCUCCUCGUUACCAAGAACGGGAUUCACCAGGCGGCACUGGCGAGCUUCAAAGCUGAGAUCAGAUAUCUUCUAGAGCGAGUGGACGGAGAAGUCGGGGAGAAAGAGAAAAUACGCUCUGACCUGGAGAAAGCAGAGAAGCUAAAAACUCAACUCGCCACCGAGGUGGAUGAACGUCACUCUGCGAUUGAACAUAUGAACAACCUCAAUCUCAGGAAGCUCGAACAGGAGCACAAAGAGAAGCUGGCGGCGGUGCGAUCUGAGCUGAUGACGGAGAUGGACCAGAUGCAGCUGCAGGCCGGCCUGCAGCGUGAGGAGCUGGAAGCGGCGGUCGACAAGAUCAGGCAGGAUGAAUCUUUUCUCAGAGACCACCUCUCCAUCUAUGUGAAGGAAAACAGACGCCUUGAAAUGGAGUUUCUAGACGGUAACGAAAAACUAGUGGAGGCACAAAGCCAAAAUACAAAACUGCAGACAAUUUUGGACAACGUUAUGAAAGAAAAGUUGGGAGACUUGGACCCUGGCGGUGCAGACCUCUUACUCCAAGAGGACCACAUUAAAGAGCUACGCAGCGGCUACGAAGCUCAGUACAGGGAGCUGCAGGAUCGUAUUGACGAGCUGCAGUCCGAGUUGCAGGAGUUCCACAGUCUCGGCCGGGUUCACCAGCCCUGCCACAAGCCUCUCUCUGAGGAGCUGGAGAGCAAAAGCCCCGGCAUGGAGUCUGAUCCAGGUAUUGGUGCAGAGGAGGUUCAGCCCUUCAGCAUGAGCCUGGAGGCAGAGAUGAUGUUGGAGCAGCUGAAGGAGCAACACCUUCAGGAAAUGGAGGAUUUGCAAAACCAGCUGGAAAGCAAGGUCAAUGAAUUUGAUAAGAUGGUAGGAAAGCAAAGGUUGAAGUAUGAGGACCAGAAGGCUGCCAUAGCGCUCCAGUACCAGCAGGAGGUCCAGGCCUUGAGGGAGGAGAUGGCCAGCGUUCAGAGCCACAGACGGGAGCUCCAGAGCCAGCUAGAGCAGGCGGAGUUGGAGCGGACUAGUCUGGGGCGGAAGCAGGCCGAGGAGAGGGAAGAGCUCGACAAUCUGCAAGAGGAGGAAGUGGGAAAUCUCCGACAACAACUGCUAGAGGCCCGCACCUCCUCCGCAGACCUCGACGAGCAGCUGAAGACCCUCGAAGCCCAGCAGACUGAGGCGGAGGGAGAUCUUGUAAAAGAGAUGGACGAGCUGAGGAAACGACACGCCAUUGAGAUUAAGGAUCUGAGGGAAGAGCAGGAAGAGAACUUUGAAGCCAGACUGGAAGAGGAGAGAAAGAAAGUGCAGGGAGAACAGGCCGAGUUGGAGAAGAGGUUGUUGGAUGAUUGCGAAAGGGAGAAAGAGCUUUUGCAACAAAGCCACGAGGACGAACUGAAGGCCAGACUAGAGGAGGCAAAGGGGCGGUUUGAGGGAGAGCGUGAGGAGAUGGUUCAGAGGCUGACGGAGCAGUGGCAGAAAGAGAGGGCUCAGCUGGAUGAGCAGAGUAAUGAGUCUCUGCACGUGGUGCUGGAGGAGGAGAUGCUGAGACUUGUCGGGGAACAAGAAGAGAAGGAGGUCAAGCUCAGGGAGCAGUGGGGGAGAGAAUGGGCCCAGCUUCAGGAGCGCCAGGAGGAGGCUCUGCUUGAUGGAGUACUUCAAGAACGGUUGCAGGUACAGGACGCGUUUAGGCAGAGGGAGAAAAAGCUGAGGGAGGAGUGGGAGAGGGAGAGACUGCAACUGGAGGAGGAUUACGAAGGGAUGCUGCAGGAGAGGCUGAAUGAAGAGCGGGAGAAGCUCGCGACUGAGAGGGAGGAGGAGGAGAAGAGAGUCGAACGCUCAAUGGCAGAGGAGAGGGUUCGUCUAGAGGAGAGCCACCGUGAGGCCAUGACGGAGCUGACGGUCAAGCACACGGGGGAGAGAGACGCUCUCGGCAGCACGUUGGAUAAACUACGAGACGACAUCGCUCAGGAGAGGAGGGACAUCGAGGUCAGCUUCACCCAGAGAAUCAAGGAAGUGGAGAGUCGUUUCUCGGGCGAUCAAGAGUCUGUUGCGGAGCGUUUUCAGGCCGAUCUUUUGAAGCUUGAGCAGCACUACCAAAGUGAGCUGAAGGCCCUUUCUGAGAGUCACGGCGAGCAGACGCUCCACUGGGAGGCACAAGUACAGGAGGCGCUGGAGAACGCAGAGGAACAAAGAAGAACGACGCAGGAGGCCGCGGAGCGAGAGAGGGAGAAACUGGAUCAAGAGUGGACAAAGCGACUACAUGAGAGGGAAAGUCUUCAUAGACAGGAAAUGGAAGAACUUGCGGUGAAAAACCAGCAACUGCAAAAUGAGCUCGAUGACUUCAUCCGUUCGGCUCAGAGCAAAGAGAUAGCGCUGAGUCUGCAACUGAAUGACCUCCACAACCGGCUUCAAGGGAGCCUGCAAACCAAAGACCAGCUCCUCGCUCGGUCUGAGAGGAAAGCGCUCGAGACCGAGCUCCUGCUCAAUCAAACAGUGGAAGAUUUUAAACAGGAGAGGGAGGAGCUCCUGAGCAGCCAGUCGGAACAUCAGGCGAAACACAAGGAGAUGCUCGCCGUCUCCGAGAGGCAGACCGCCGGGCGGAUUGAGCUGCUAACUGAGCGCGACGAUUUGAGGGUGACCAUCGAGGAGCUGGAGACGCUGCUCAAACAAGCGGCCGUGGACUUUGAGCUUGAGAGGAAGGAGCUGCAGGAACACGCGUCCAGCCUUGAGGAAAAGUUAGAAGAUAAUCGAGAGAACGACAGAGAAGAGCUGCUUGCAGAAAGAAAUGCGCUUAAAAUCCGAAUUAGAGAGCUGGAGUCGAUGCUCAAUCAGGCAGAGACGGAAGAGGGAGAAGGGAUCGAAGAAUCAAAUGAAAACGACACCUCGAAGGAGGAAGAAUGUGGUAAAGAACAGGAAACAUGUGCGGCACCUCCUGAUUCGCCUAAUCGGGAACUAGUUUGUUUGUCACUGGUUGAUGUCGAGACCACUGCGGCGCCUGAUGCACUGAUCGAGGAUGAUAAUGAGUGUGAUGAGGACGUCCCUGAUGCCGGUGACGAUCAACGAGACGACGCGCCAGAAGUUGACCACGCUGUCGCCGUUCCUGAAGAUUUGCAAAUUGGAGAUUCGAGUCCCAACAAAGUUGAUGGAGACCCUGAAGUAGAAACGGGAGAUAAAGGCCCCGAAUCAAUGUCUCGCAACGGCCUCAGCCCUGAUGUUCACACUGGAAACCAUUCAACUGUCGAAUCCACAAAUGAAGCCGUUCCCCCAGAGAUGCCGUGUGAGGCGAUCACGUCCCCGGAGGUGUUUGAAGGCGUCGACGCUGCUGAAGACGGUGAGAAUAAAGAAUCGCCGUGUCAUGAGACUGUGGUGGAUCCCUCUGUGCUGGACUCUCUAGCGGAUGCUGAGGUCAGGUGUUUACCAAAUUACUCUCAUUACAGUCCACGGGAAGUUGAACUUGAUUUAACCGCUACAAUAAAGGAUGAAGGAGCACAUGAUUGUGAGGACGAAGAUGCUGAUUGUGAGGACGGGGAACGCUCUUUCCUUAAACUACAGGCUUCGUAUACAACUGCCACCGAGGAGAACGUCCUCCUAAAUGAGAAGAUGUCUCUGCUUCAACAGAAGGCGGACAUACUGGAGAAUCUUCUGGCUCACAACACUGAAAAGAUCAAAACCGGCCACCAGAUACUGGAGGAAAACUACAGCCUCAAAGUGAAGGUGCUACUUUUAAUGGAUCAUGUCAAAGAGCUGGAGGUGAAGGCCUUAAAGAUGACGGAUGUUCAGAUCCAUUACGAAGAUUGCACGUGUGAAAAUGACAAACUGAAGGACCAAAACGGCGAACUCGAAAAGCGAGUUUGGAGCCUCGAAAGCCAGUUGAAUAUUUUCCACCAUUUCCAAGAUCAGCAGAUCGCUCUGGUGGACGAGAUGAGCCGGAUGAGAGCCGAGAACCUCAAGCUCUCCAAGGCGUUCGGUGAAUUGGAGACGCAGGGGGAGAUUCUUCCAGACGCCGGACCGGCGGACGACGCUCUCGGGGAUGAAGUCCAGACGGCGACCGAUCUGGAGGACAGCUGCGAGGACUUUGAGGAGCAGAACACCAGACUUCGCAGGGCCAUCACAGAGCUCCAGGACGAGUCGCAGUCGUUAAAUGCAACGACUCAGGCUCAUAGUUCUGAGGCCGGUCGUCUCGCUGAAGAAAACGUCGUCCUCAGACAGAAGAUCGCCGCGUUGAAGGAAGAGGACUUGAAAGGGGUCCAGGAGGAGCUGAUACAAACACUGGAGCACUUGGCAAAAGGGAAGAUUGCGGAUCAAAAGGCGGCCGAGACUUUCAGGAAUCAGAUUUCCGAGCUGCAUCAGCAGAGCCGGCGACUGGAGGACGAGAAAACGAUGCUGUCGGAGAAAAAUGCCCAAAACAUUUCCGACAUGCAGAGUCUACGACGGCAGCUGUCAGAGAAGCUGAAGGAGAGCGAGAGGAGGGAGGCGCUCACCGCCGAAGAGGAGGACAAGCUGUCAGCGUUUGUGUCUGCUCUGGAGGCAGAGCUCACCAAAGCCCUGGAGGACUCUGCACAGCUGUCCCAGGAGCUCUGCGGCCUCAGGGAGAAGGCGGUCCAAGCGGACGCGACGGAGAGUCAGCUCAGCCGCCUGCUAGAGGAGCGCAUGAGCCAGGACAAGGAGACUCUGGGCCUCUGCAGCCAGCUGGCCAAAGCUCAAGAGAGGGUCAAGACAGUGGAGGAAACCCUUCAGGCCGCGAACCAUCAGAGCACUCAUCUCAAGUCAGACCUCCGUGUUUCGCAGCAGGAGAAGGAAUCCCUGAAACAUGAAGUGGUGGUGCUGCACAAGAAGCUGCAAAAUGUCAAUAAUAAAAACCACGUUUUGGAGAUGGCCCUGCACUCGAGUGGCCUCCAGAGUAAGAGCAAGAAGCUGUACAGGGAGGAGAUGUCUCGGCUGCUGGACCAGGAGCAGCACCUGCUGAGGCAGGAGAACGAGAGGCUUCAGGCCGAAGUCCGCAACGUCAAAGGAGACGCCGUGCAGUCCAGAGAAAAGGUCCGUCAGCUUGAUGCUGCCGUCGCGUCCUUGAAGCAGCACAAACAGACUCAGUCGUCCCUGGUGAAGGCUUUGGAACAGGAGAACGCCUCCCUGAAGCAGGAGCUGGAGGCACAGAAGGACCUCACCAAGGGCCGUGAAGCAGGACAAGGACACGCGGAGCUGGAGGGCCUUCAACAAGAAAAUGAGCGUCUCCGAGCCCAAAUGGCUCGACUCUCCACACAGCUGCUCGAGGCAUUUCAGGCUCAGUUUGUGGGACUUCUGCCUCCGUCGCCUCACAGGAUGCCCAGGAGGCAGCAUCGCGGGGAAGAGCCGGACAACAUGCAGGGGCCGAUGCCGGAGCAGCGGGCGGCUCACGCGGACAGCUACCGGCGGAUCGGUGGACUGUAACUUUCCCCCCCCCCCCCCGCUCUUCACUUUCGCAUGCGAGACUCCUCCUCCUCCUUUUCUCCUCCUGCUGCUCCUCUUCCUCCGCUAUGAAAGCCCGAUGGCGUCCUUUCUGCAUCCUCGUAGGAGAUUGUGAACAGAUGUGUUGCGCCUGGGUUGAGAGGCUCACGUGUGUAAUGGCGUUGUCCUGCCGCUAGGUGGCGGAAAAACAAACCCCGCAGAAAAAGGGGCUUUUCUGAGAUUUCUUUUCCCAAUGGGAUUUUGAUCAAAAAUGACAUUUGAAAUGUUAAAGCUUGUCAGACAUGCCAUAUCCAAUGUAACAUCUACCAACACUGUUUUUGAUAAAAUGAGGGGUCCGAUCCUUUUUUGUGCAUUAAAAAACGUUUUUGUAGUUUUAAUACAGGGAAUCUUUUUAACGCAGGGUGGUAUUUUCUGGGAAUGUUCUGCUGUGCACAUUUAUCAUUGUCUGAGACGGGAUGUGUACAUCCUCAGGGGCUGAAUCUUGCCUUACGAUCAUCGAGGAGUGUUACGUUGUGGCCAGAUUAGAGCCCGACGGCCUUCUGAGCCUUUUUCCAACAAUCAAAGACACGUGUAACUGUCAGGUGGCGUCACGGUCUGCGGCCAGUAUGAGAUUUCUUAAUGACGGUUCUGCGUUUUCACUGUUGGUCUUAAGAUGUUUUAUGACUGUAUUUCUUAUCUGACACUCCACAUAGUUGACUGUUUCCUACAAGCUACCUGUUUUUUGUUGUGUUUGUGUUCUGGGACUGUGUGUGUGUGUGUGUUUCUGUUGCUGCUGCUGCUGCACAACCAAAGUGAAUCUCAUAUUUCUGGGUUAUUGUUUGUUCCCAGUAGUGAUUAAUUAAUGUCAUAUCUGUGUUAUUUUAAUUUAGUGAGUCUUCCUUUUUUGCACCAUGUAUAGACUCAAAUGUAUUUAUUUUAAUAGGAAUCAUGUUAAUGUUUAUUUUAUUUAUGCAUUAUUUAUUUUUGUAGAGGUAUCUGGAAUACAUGGUAUCAUUUUAUACCUAUUUAUAUUUUAUUUAUUUUGUUAGUGCAUUGUCCUCCUUUUUUUUUCUUUUUUUUUUUUUAAAUGUAUCAUAAAUCAUUUAAUGCUGAAUUUUAAAGGUAAAAUAAAGCUUCUAGCUCAUUAGAAUGUGGUCUGCAUGUCGUUUUGAUUUUUCUCGGUUUACGUCGGAAAUAAGCAGAAGAUUCAUAUUUCCUCGUCACGUUUGCAGCCGUUUGUUUACUACAUCC